AUGAGCCAAAAUGAAGAAAAUGAUAAAAUUUCUGAGGAAUCAGAAUAAAAAGAUAAUUCUUCAGAAGAUGAGGCAGAAGAGAGAGAAAAUCAAUAAAGGGAAGAACAUUUUGGAAGAGAUGAGCAUGAUGCAGUUAAGGUUCAUAAAUCACCAACAUAAGUGAAAAGAUAAGUUUUAAAAAGAAAGAGUACAAUGAAGGCUGAAGACAUGUUUGGAAUGAAUUUCUUUAAAUUCUAAUAUUAUGUAAAUUAAGAAGAUUUGGGGAUUCGCAAAAAACCUUACAACUCCUAAUCAGGUGACAGACUAGUAGAACAUAAUUUCUAUAUGCAUGAAAAGAAAUAUAGUUUUGGUAAAAAUUCAUUGUACAUUUUGAAUGAAUCAAACAUAAUUAGAAAAUAUUGCGUUUGGAUUGUAACUUGGCACUGGUUUGAUAAAAUUAUUACUCUAAUUAUAGUUCUGAACACUAUAUCUUUGGCAAUGUAGAAUUAUGAUUUUAGAGUAAAUGGAACUUCAAAUCAGUCUGAAUUGACAUAUGUUAGAAAUUAAAUGGAAUACUUUUUUACAGCUGUAUUUUUAUUAGAAUUUAUUCUAAAAAUAUUAGCUAUGGGAUUUCUUUUUGAAAGACAUACAUACUUAAGAGAUGGUUGGAAUGUUUUAGAUUUUGCAGUAGUGGGAACAAGUAUUCUCUCUUUGGUUGGUAGUUUUAAUCUAAGUGCAAUUAGAACCAUCAGAAUUUUAAGACCAUUAAGAUCUAUUAAAUCUGUUCCUGGUCUUAGAAUUUUAGUGGCUUCUUUAUUGGAUUCCUUACCUAAUUUAGGUAAUGUUUUAGUUUUUCUGUUAUAUCUAUUAGUUAUAUUUGGAAUAUUAGGAUUGCAAUUAUUUGCAGGUGCUUAUGAAAAUAGAUGUAGAUUUACAUAAUUUCCAGUAAAUGGAACUUGGCCAGCAGAUCCAUUAAUAACUCAUUUAUGUAGUUCAGAUUCAGAUUGUCCUGAGAAUGAGUAUUGUGGUAAUCCUAUCAAUUACAAUCUUCCUAAUUAAGACAUUCCCAUCCCUGAAUUAAAUUACUCUUACACUACUUUUGAUAAUAUAUUAACUGCCACUUUUACUAUCUUUUAAGCUCUAACAACAGAAGGAUGGUCUACAAUUGUUACAUAAUUAAUAGAUGCUGUUAAUCCAAUUUUGGUUUAUAUCUAUUUUAAUCUAUUAAUUAUAAUAGGAUCAUUUUUUACAAUAAAUCUUAUUCUAGCUGUUAUUAAUGAUUCAUUUUUAAAAAAUCAAUCAGAGAGAAGAUAAGAAUUAUUGAAAGAGGAGUAACAAAGAAAACAAUAGAGAAAAGAAAAAAAAUAAAAAGAACGAUAGAAUGCUCAAAUACAUCCAACUUAAAACAUAGCUGAUUUAGUACCAUCAGAUGAUUCUGAUUCAGAUGAAGAAGCUUAAAAGAAAAAAGAAGAAAUAAUAAAAUAAGUCUUGAAACCAAGUAAAUUUUAAGGAAGAGCAGAACAAUUAAAGAUAUUACAAGAUUAAUUUAAUAGAAAAGUUAAAAAGGAGAAAUAAUAAAUUAAUUUUUUUGAUCCAUCUUUAUAUACUUUAGAUGUAAAUGAUGAUAAAGGAACUAAUUUUGAUACUAAAUUCAAAUAAUUUUUUUUAAGAUUUAUAGAAUCCCUUUUCUUCACUAUAUUAGUCAAUUUCAUUAUAGCUGCUAAUACUGUAGUAUUGGCUAUGGAUAGAUAUCCUCAACCAAAAUCAGAAAUUAUAAUAUUAUCAUAUCUAAAUUUGGCUUUUACUUUAUUUUUUGUUAUAGAAAUGAUCUUGAAAUUCUUUGCCUUAGGAAUAACUGAAUAUUUCAAAGAUUAUAUGAAUAUAUUUGAUGCUAUAAUUGUAGCAAUUUCUUUAGUUGAAUAAGUAUUAGACCUUGCUGAAAUAUCUGUAUCUGGAGGAUCAAUAACGGCUGUUUCAGCUUUUAGAACUUUGAGAGUCUUUAGAAUAUUCAAAUUAGCAAGAUCUUGGAAUUCUUUAAGGGAAAUUCUUAUAGCAAUAGCAACAACAUUAGAAGCUAUUAGUUUUUUUACUAUGUUAUUACUUUUAUUCAUGGUUAUAGCAUCAUUGGUUGGUAUGGAAUUAUUUGCAUACAAUAUUCCAGAUGUUAGAUUAAAUUUCAAUACAUUCUUUGAUGCUAUGAUUACUAUAUUUGCUUUAUUAACAUCAGAAUCAUGGAAUAUCUAAACUUAUUUAUAUAUGUAUAAAUCAGAUUAAUGGUGGCCAUUAAUAUUUUUUAUUAGUGUAGUGAUUAUGGGAAAUUUAAUACUUCUAAAAUUAUUUAUAGCAAUAUUAAUAUAUAAUUUUGGAUAAAAAUCUAUAGAAACUGAAAAGAAAUUAUAAGAUAAAAUGAGAAAAUUGAAUUUUUAAUAAUUGGUUGAAUAAUUUAGAUCAUCUAUAAAAGUAUUUGAUCCUGAAGAAAAAAUUAAACAUAAAUCUCCAAAACCUGAAGAAGUACAUCCAGAACAUUAAAAGAAAUUAAAAAUAAAUUAAAAUUAUAUUGGAUAACAUCAAAAUUCAGAUGUUGCUUGUUUCUUUUUAGCAAAAUAUGAUCAGGCCAGAUUUGAAGUAAGAAAAGAAACAAAAUAAAAAAAAUUGAUUAAAAGGUUUUUUGAUACUGCUGAGAUAGUUGAUCCAGAAGAGAUUAGUGAUGAUUCUUCAGGUGAUGAAGAAUAUAUUAAACAAAUGGAACAAAAAAUGUAAUUUCAAAGUUAAGGACCUUUAACAUUUUAAGAUGGAUAUACACCAUAAAUUUCACUUCAUCAAUCUUCUUAAUAACCUGAUAAGAAAAGUAGUGUUUUCAGUAAACAUGAAACUUCUUCUGCUUAAGAUCAUUUAGAAGGAGUUCUCAUAGUAGGUACUUCACUUUUUAUUUUUGAUUAAUAAUCUAAAAUAAGAAGAUUUGCUUUUAGAUUUAUUAACAAAUCAUAAGUUGUUGGAUUUAUUAUUCUUAUGAUAUUGGUUUCUUCUGUUCUUCUUGCUUUGGAUGAUCCUUUAGAAGAAAGUAAUUCAGAAGUAUUAACAGAAAUAGAUUUAGUUGUUACAAUUAUAUUUACAGCUGAAUCAUUAUUAAAAAUCUUAGCCUAUGGAUUUCUAGUUAAUGGAGAAUUUAGUUAUAUGAGAGAUUAUGCUAAUGUAUUGGAUUUCAUUGUUAUAAUAUUUAGUUGGGUAAGUAUAUUUUCUGAUGCAAAUUUAUAAAUAUUUAAAAUUCUAAGAAUUUUUAGAGUUUUGCGUCCUUUAAGAUUAGUUUCAAGAAGUGAUAGUUUAAAAAUUGCAAUUAAUGCUUUGAUACUUAGUUUAUCUAAGAUUUUCAAUCUAAUAUUAGUUAGUUUAGUUUUUUAUGGAAUGUUUGGUAUAUUUGGUACAAAUUUUUUUAAAGGAGCCUUUUAUUCUUGUGAUAUUAGUAAGGUUGGUGAAUAUUAAAUAAUAGGAAAGUAUGACUGUUUUGAUUAUGGAGGUAAUUGGGUUAAUGCAGAUUAUAAUUUUGAUAAUGCUCUUAAUUCAAUUAGUUCAUUAUUUGUAAUUUCAACAACUGAAGGAUGGCUUGAAUAAAUGUAUUAAGGAAUUGAUAGUGUUGGUAUUGAUUUAUAACCAAUACAUAAUUAUAAUAUGUAUUGGUCUUUAUUUUAUAUUGGAUUUGUAAUUAUUGGAUCUUUUUUUGUGAUGAAUUUAUUUGCUGGUGUUGUUUUAGAUGCCUUCAAUUCUGAAACAGAUAAAUUACGUGGAUAUUUUUAUAUGACUCUUGAAUAAUAAGAAUGGGUAGAUAUAAAAGAAAGAAUUUACUAUGCUAAACCAUAAAUUAAUUAAAGAAUGAGUGAUUAAUGGUUUAGAGCUAAAAUGUUUUAAAUAAUAAAUCAUAAAUACUUUGAUUCCAUGAUCUUUUUUCUAAUUACAAUUAAUACUAUAUUGUUUAUGUUACAAUUUGUAAGAUAACCUGAUAUAUUAGAUAUUAUUAUAUCAUAUUCAAAUUUAGGAUUUCUAUGUAUAUUCACAACUGAAAUGCUAAUCAAAUUAAUUGCAUUAGGAUGGUAAUAUUUUGCAGAGCCAUUCAAUCGAUUUGAUUUUGUUGUAGUUAUCUUAAGUAUUGCAGGAUCUGUCUUAGAAUAAAUGUCAAUUUUAACUGCUUUUGGUACUGUAAUAAGUGUUUUUCGAUCUUUUAGAAUAGUUAGAAUCAUGAGAUUAAUUAGAUCAGCAAGGAGUCUUAAAGCUAUUUUUGAAACAUUCUUCCUAACAGUAAGUUAAUUAGCUAAUAUUGGUGGGUUAUUAUCAAUCAUUUUAUUUAUGUUUGCUGUUUUAGGAAUAAAUCUAUUUCCUUAUGUAAAAUGGUCAAAUAAUGGUUUAACUGAUUCUAUCAAUUUUUCUACUUUGGGUAAAGCAUUUUUUACUUUAUUUAAAUGCAGUACAGGUGAAUAAUGGGAUUAGGUUUAGGCAGAUUUAGUGAGAUAAAUGACACCUAAUAAUGUGUGUUUCUCUGAAAAUCUAUUGAUUGAUUAUUAAUUACAUGGUUUUAAUGGUUGUGGAUUUUGGUAUGGAGUUGCUUAUAUGGUGAGUUUUUAGAUGAUAUUUGCAAUGAUUAUGCUUAAUUUAUUUGUUGCCAUUAUUGUGUAAGGAUACGAAAUUAUAUAGAAAGAUGAAGCUUCUUCUAUAUCUACUAAUCAUAUACAGGCAUUUAUUGAAGUUUGGAAAUUUUAUGAUUAAACUGGUAGUGGAUUGAUAAGAGCAUUAGAUUUGGAUCGUUUUAUGGUUAAAUUGCCUAAACCUUUGGGAGUAAUUAAUAAUAUAUAAUUAUUUAGUGGAAAGGAUUAUUACUAACUCAAAUGGAGAAAAGAAAAUUUAUAAAUUAAUAUCGAUUACCAGUCUAUAUCAAAAACCAAACAGCUAUGUAUUUCUUUUAUGAUGUUCUUGAAAUACUGUCUCAUAACAUUUUAACAAGGAAAUAUGGUGAUGAUACAGAGUAAGAUCAAUACAAUAUUUUUAUUUUAGAUUAGAACCAAAAAAAUUAGUGAAAGCAACUAAAGAUUUGAUUAAGAAGAGGUUGUAAUUGAUUGAGUAAUUGAAAAAUGCUAAGACUUGUGCUUGGACAAGCGAGGAUAUUAAUAGUGCUUUCAUUAUAAUGAGGAGAAUGAAAUGGAAACUUGAUGAAUUGAAGGAAAAAAGAAAGAAUGAAGUUCAUGUUUUAAGAGACCUUUCAAGUGGUGCUCAUAGUAGUGAACAGGACAAUUCUCCCGAUUAAACCUAGAGACCUAGUUAAUUCAAUACUUAAGGACUUACUUCUGGUCAUUAAAUGCAUAUAGAUAUUUGA